CAUCCACCUCACAUCCAUGCUCCGGGCGACACGCUUAGCUCGCACACACGCUCGCGGUUUCGCCACCGUCGUCGACGCCGCGGGCGGUGCCAAGGUCGCCGCUGUCGACAAUGGCCAGCCCACCUCGUCCGUCACCGUCCUGUUGAAGGCAGGGAGCAGGUACGAGCAGAAGCCCGGUGUCGCCCAUGUCCUCUCGAAUUUCGCAUUCAAGAGCACUGGCCAGCGUUCUGCUUUGGGUACGGUGCGCGAGACCGAGCUGUAUGGAGGGGUUCUCUCUUCAACACUCUCGCGCGAACACCUCGCCCUGACUGCCGAAUUCCUCCGCGGUGACGAGUCUUUCUUCGUCGACGUCCUCACAUCCUUCCUUACUUCCCCCAAAUUUACCCGCCACGAACUCAAUGAAUACGUCCUCCCCGCCGUGCACGCCGAGUCCGCCGCCGCCGCCCAUGCCGCGUCCACACAGGCCCUAGAGCUUGCCCAUGCGCUCGCGUUCCGCAGCGGGCUCGGCUACUCUCUCUUCGCCGAUGCUGAGCGCACGGGCUCCAUCACCACCGAAGACGUUCACGCUUUCCAGGCGCAGGCCAUAGCCGACCUCAGCAACGUCGCCCUCCUCGGUACCGGCAUCGCUCCGGAUGUCCUCGCAGCCCUCUUCGAGAAGAGCUUCGCCGCGUCCAAGUCCGCCGGCACCGCUGCUGCAGCCACCCCCAUUGCGGCCGUCAAGUCGGCGUACCAUGGCGGUGCGACCCGCGUCGCGAGCGCACACAGUCCGCAGACGCUCUUCGUCGGCUUUGGUCUGUCCACUGCUGCAACCCCCGCGCUGCACGCGCUCUCUGCAUAUCUCUCCCCGACGCCUGCGCUCAAAUGGGCCACUGGCACCUCGCCGCUCGCCAUCGCGCUCCCGAUGGGCGUCCGCGCGCGCACGGUUCUCCUGCCCUAUAGCGACGCUGCGCUGUUCGGCGUGCUCUUCGAGGGCGCAGACGCUAGCGCCGUCGCGCAGGGCGCCAAGGCCGCGGUCGAGGUCCUGAAGAACGCGGCUAGAAAGACGUUGGAGAAGGAAGAGGUUGCACGGUCCGUCGCGCGCGCGCGCUUCGAGAUCGCUGGUAGCGUGGAGGCGAGGGACGGCUUCGUUGGCACGUUCGGGCCGAGGGUGCUCGCGGGCCAGCUUGGAGGCGUGCAGGCGAGCCUCGAGGCGUUCGGCGCCGUCGACGGGACCGCGAUCUCCAAGGUCACGGCGGAGCUGCUCAAGAGCAAGCCAACGUUCGUUGUUGUCGGUGACGUGCGCGCGCUGCCGUACGGAGACGAGGUCGGGUUGAGCGCAUAAGUCGGAUGCUCAGAGAGUUGGACGCAUGCUAGCUUAGUAGACGUCGCAUACGAUACAGCUGUCGGUGCUCAAAAUUUUGAUCUUUUUAUCCUUUCGAU